AUGGACGAUGCCGAUAUCGCGAAAGCCGAGUCCGGGAAUGGCCGUACAACAAGCGACUUCCUCACUCUUCCACAAUCAGGCGAUGGAGAUAUCCGGUCAGGAUGGGUAGCCUAUUGUAACCAUGGCCAUCGAAGACAAAUGACUAAUUCCAGGAUAACCAAAACUAGGUACGGAGAGGGCCAACAUUACGAGGUCUUUGGCCACGCCUACUUGAGAAAUGAUGGACGAGUUUGCGCACUGUUUGCUGGACGAAAUCGAGAUGUAGUCGAAUUAUGUGGAGGAUUUCGCGUACUCUCCAGGAACAUCAACAACCCAAAUGAGGAACUCCCGUGA